UUUUUAUACAUAUAUGUGUGUGCGGAGAAACCAAUGAUGAUGGCUCAUAGGAAAAUUCAGUGAAAACGCAAGAGCAACGAAACGCUAGUAAAUAUAAAAUGCUUUUAUAACGGCACACGUGACAGUCAGAAAACAGCUCCCUCCACUCAAAAGAAGUUCGCUCGUGGUAAAGUUAAAGGAUUCACCAACCAAAACAAAAUGGAUAUGGCAAAAGCAAACGGUUGGGCGGUUGUUUGUACCACCACAAGCACUGUUCCCAUAUAUUCAAAAUAUACGCGCUGCACGGAACUGCGGCGUGUCGAUGACAACGACAUAUACAAGUUGGCCACAAUUCUCGAUGUGAACGGCUGCUGGCGCAAGCUAAUGUCCAUCAUACCGAAGCGCCUGGAUGCGCAGGCCUGCAGCGCACCGGGUGCGCUCAACUAUCAGGAAAUCGCUGCCAAGGUGGGACUUAAAUAUACAGCCCAACAAAUAAGUCUGAUUGAUGGCACCGCAGAACGCUUAACGCCCGGCCAAAGCAUAUCACAGGUAAUGAUCGACGAGUGGAAAACCUCAGGCAAACUUAACGAACGCCCCACAGUGGGUGUGUUGUUGCAAUUGCUCGUGCAUGCCGAGAUCUACAGCGCUGCCGAUUUUGUCGCAUUGCAUUUCCUGAAUGAGCCGAAACCAGAUCGUCCCACCGAUGGACCUGCAGCGCACAUCAGCUUGGAUUUGUGCAGUGAAGAUCUCAGCGAGGACAUGGACGUGGAGGACGGUGCCAGCUACCAGCCCAAUACAUCCGCAUUGAAUGCAGCCGCUGAACAAGCUCGUGGUACUGGCAUGAAUCUGGAUUACUUCGAUAAGCAUAUGGUUAGACGUGACAAGAGCGUGCCGCAGCAGCUUGAGAAUGGCACAUCCAGCACAGUGCCCGUACCUCCACCACGAGCCGCACGAUCCUCGCGUCUGCUGAAAGCCACGGCCAGCAAUGUCGCAUCCACAACUGCAAGCAAUGUCCCAUCUGCCUCACACACAGCCAACGUGCCCAAUCUAUCAAUUCUCAAUGCAAGCAGCAAAAAGCUGGCGUCUUCAAGCGAUCAAACACUGCAGCCGCAAAAUAUACCACACCUAUCCAUACUCAAUGGCAGCUCCGAGGCAGUAUUAAUGGCAAUAACAUCCACGACGCUGGAUGCUGGCAAUUCGGACAUCGGCAGCAAUGGCCGCAGUAGUGCAAGCACAUCAACAGCGACCAUACCAAAUGUGCCAUUGAUAACGCUUUUAAUUGAAAAUUCCAGCUGUGAGAUAAGCGGCGCAUCUGAUGCGACAGCAAUAACAUCAAAAUCGACCGCUACGAAAACAGUACCAGAUAUGAGCACAGCUAGCUACAAUAAUUUGCCAGCGAUAAGCGCAUUAAAUUUGAAUACUGUCAGCGGGGCUGGGGAGCUAGAUGGCAAUGGAGCCAAGGCUCGCGACGAUAAUGCGGACAACAACAGCAUCGGCACAAAUAGCCUGAGUAAUGAUGACGACGAGCAAGAAGAAGACGACGAUGACGAUGAUGAUGUGGUGGAUGUAGAUGACGAAGAGGCGGAUGUGUCACUGCCAAAUCUGAGCAAUUCCGAUCAUCAGACCUCUAAUAAUGACUCCAGUCUGACAACAGUUACCUGUACCAGCGGCGAGAAUAGCUUUGAGUUUACCAACGACUCCAGUUCGGCCUCCAAUGAUGAUUACACCAACAACAUUCCGAAUCUGAGUGAACUCCAGCAGUAGAGUAACCGUCCACUAAUACGCACUAGUUUACUUUUUGCAAGCCACACCCACGCACACACACAUUCCGUUAAGCACUAAUAUAGUGGUCAUAAAUGGA